AGAAAGGUUGUGUGUGAAUUGUCAUCUUUCGGCAGCUAAACGUACACUGAAUAUUCUUGCAUUUACGUGAAUAAGUUUGAGAAGUGAUCAAGUGGUGAAGUAAAUCGAUCAAAAUGCGAUUAUUGCUAUUGACAGUGAUAUGUUAUUCGCUUUUGCCAUCAUUUCAUACAUACUUACAUAGAUUUGUGGAUAGAUAUGUGAAUUUUUACAUGCCGUGUACGAUACAAGCAGAUGAUUUACAAUAUACAAAUGAAUCUUGCGCUCCAAGUCCUUGGAUAAGAGGUUCUGAUCCAAUUACUGAAUUGCAAAUCAUAUGCAAAAAUAGUACAGUGCCCAGAUCAUUUUUAGAAAAAACGCCGAACGUGGAAUUUCUCAGAAUUCGAAAUAAUAGUUUAACAUCAAUCGAUGGAAUGUCAAUAUGUCAAUGGAAAAGAUUACAAUGGAUUGACGCCGAUUUCAAUAGUUUGAGAAAAUUGACAAAUGGUUUUCUGUUCUUUUGUAAACAGCUGAAUCAACUGUUGCUUCAUAAUAACAAAAUCAAGGAAAUAGCAUCCGACGCAUUCAUCGGCUUAAAAUCGUUGCGAUAUUUGGAUCUAUCAUCAAAUCAAAUAACUUAUUUAGAUAAAAAUGUUUUUAAACCGUUAAAAAAAUUAGAAAAUUUGAAUUUGAAUACGAAUCGAAUCCAGAUAAUUGAUAUAGACUUAUUUCGAUAUAACAUGUUGAUUGGCGUUUUGGAUUUAAGCAAUAAUGAUUUAAAAACUAUUCCAUCUGAAAUAUUUCAAAUGUUGGACUAUUUAGAAGUUUUUUCUGCUGAUAAUAAUCCAAAGUUAGGCAGCAUAGAUAUAAGACAUCCGGAUUCGCUGAAGGUAUUGAACAUAGCCAAUGUGUCCCAGACUAGAGUUUUUAUACCAUCAAAUGUGGAAGAGGCCUUUCUAAAUAAUAAUCAAAUAUCUCAAAUAUUCGUUGAACCAGACAAUACAUUAUUUAUUUUGGGUCUGAGCGGUAACUGCAUUACUAGUCUGCUACUUGAAGGAUCCUUUAAUAAUUUGGAAACUUUAUCUUUGAGUAACAAUCCCAUACAAUUACAAUCAAUAAGUGUUGUUAAAAUAAAAACAAAAUAUCCAUCGAUUAAAUUUUUAUUCAUACCAACUAUAGACGAUAGAAAAGCUGAGCAAAUGAUAUUGGAAGCGGAAGAAAACCAAAUUGAUCUCGCAGUAGGCGGAUAUUCAUUUGAUGACAUACAUUCUCUAACUUAUUUACGUUUUGCCCAUUUCGACAGUAUUAAUUUUGAGAACUAUAAUCAAAAGAUUUAUAUAACAUCUUCAGUAAGAAAAUACUUCACAAACAAGGUGAAAAAUCUUAUCGUGGCAAAUACAAAUGAAUAAUACUGUACCAAUCAGAUGGUUAGGUUUUAAUUUAAAAAAAAUAUCGUUUAGUUUUUUCAUCAUUUCUAUAUGAAACUUCAGUUAAUUUUCUUCCUUAUUAACUAUUAUUAACUAAAUAUACAAAAUAAAAAUAAUUAUAAAAAAAUAGAAAUAAAUAAAAAUAAAUAUAAAAAGUAACCGGUGUAAAUUCCAACUAUCUUCUAGCGCUCGACGAGUUCACCAAACUAAACACUGAGUUCUAUAACACUUACGUUGACAAAAUGACUUCUUCGUUGAGGUCCGAUCCAUCAUCAUUCUGG